AUGGCCCCUUCUGCACUUCCAUUACGUCCUGCUGAGGGCAAUGGACCAAAUACGGAUGCAAAGACAUACCCUUCACCACCGAAGUACAGUGGUUCAUUGGAUCGUUUCGAGUUUGAAGAUGCAACGCCGGUCAUAGGCCGCGAAUACCCUUCAGUCAAUAUUCCAGUCUCCCGGCGCAACGUCGUCUUCUUCCGCGCACAGAAUAAUUUGACAGAUGAGCUCCAGAAAGAGUUGGUGCAUCGACUUGGCCAACUUGCGGGCAAGCCAGCCGAUUCAACCCUACAUAUCCACCCGGUGCUCAAUAACACCAACGAGUUCGGCGUGAAUGAUGCCCAGGUCAGCACUAUCAGCUCACUCGCUCGGAAGAAGAUGUUCCGCCAUGAGAACCAGCCAAACAAGCGUCGAUAUGACUCCGCGCAGUGGCAUUCCGAUAUCCAAUUUGAGCCCGCGCCUGCAGACUAUACCUCCCUUCGACUGACUCAAUUGCCCAGCUGCGGAGGCGACACUUUGUGGGCUUCUGGUUACGAGAUCUACGAUCGCUUCUCAAAGCCCUAUCAGAAGUUCCUAGACGGCCUGACUGCGACUUAUGUUGGUGCAGGCUUCAUCAAAGCCGCAAAGGCUGACCCUGAAAAUGUUUUCAUGUAUACUGAUCCUCGGGGUAACCCACUCAAUGUUGGCAAGGAGUUGACUGCUGUGCACCCUGUUGUUCGGACGAACCCUGCUACCGGUUGGAAGAGUUUGAUGGCUAUUGGGCCAUUCCCCCAAUACGUCAAUGAGCUCUACCGCGAUGAGUCGGACGAGCUGUUGAAGAAGCUCUACAAUACAAUUCUUCAAAACCAUGAUUUGACGGUUCGUUUCAAGUGGAGGAACGAGCAUGACAUUGCAAUCUGGGACAAUCGCUGUACUUUCCACACGGCCACGUUCGACUAUGAGGGGCUUGGAGAACGGUACGGCCACCGGGCAGUUGGUAUUGGAGAGCAGCCAUACCUGGACCCUAACAGUACGACUAGGACUGAGGCGCUGGCAUCCCAGGGAGUUUAG